UUUUAUAAAAUCAGCUAAACACAGAAAACAAAAACAACUCGGCAAGGCAAGUUAAUUACCCGCAUUUCUUCCCAUCGGAAAGAGCCCUAGAAGUUGAAUCCACUCUCAGCGAGCAUAAGAAAGGAAUUGUUAUGGCGAGUACAGUGGACGCUGCCGGAGAUCCGAUCCCGACGUCGGCUGUUUUGAUGGCGGCGUCAAAACAUAUAGCUAGUAGGUGUCGUGAUGCUAAUGUAGCGUUCCUUAAGUGCAAAAAGAGCGACGCUAAUCCCGAGAAGUGUCUCGAUAAAGGUCAACAAGUUACUCGAUGUGUUCUUGGAUUACUAAAAGAUCUACAUCAGAGUUGCACAAAGGAGAUGGAUUCUUAUGCUGGUUGUAUGUACUACAAUACAGAUGAGUUUGAGUUAUGCCGCAAAGAACAGAAGGAGUUUGAGAAAGUAUGCCCACUGUAAUGAUCACGGACUAUCAUCUGUGAUGUGCUCAUUAAAUAAUUUGUACCAGUUCCAUCUCUCUGCAUACAUUUGCUCGGAUAUGGUUUAAGACAGCUUUGAAUUUUUAUAUUUUGUUGAAUAAUUUGUAAUGUGUGGCAAACGUUUUUUAUUGGAUUGCAACAUAUUGUUAAGUGAUAUGUUGAGGUUUAUUUUUGUUGUC